UUCUAUUUUUGACCUGUAUUGACUAAUAAUGGAAAGGAUAAUGUCAUAUUCCUGUGGCUAUCAGAGUUCUGAAUCUGACUGAAUCCAACUGACCGUAAUUGAAGCAACAAAACUUUAGUCGGUCAUGUUGCUGAUUCUGGGUACUCCUCUUUCCUCACCAUCUCCCGUCAGGGUGGUUCCAAGAAACAGAAGAACAUCAGUAACUUGCUCAUGGCAGCAAUCCACAUCAAGCAAUAAACUUACUACUAUCAAACAUGUUUUAUCCGGUGUUGCCGUUUCACUUGUACUUCUUUCUCAGACUAAUCAGACUCUUGGGCAGGCCAUUGCAGCAGAACCGUUCCACUCCAGUGACUCCACACUGUGUCAGCUUGCAGCUGCCCCAGAUAAGAGUGUGCCAUUUCCACUUGACGAAGGGUCUGAUGAAAAAAAUGGGCAGUUGAUGAUGAGAGGUAUGACGGCUAAGAACUUCGAUCCAGUUAGAUAUUCUGGAAGAUGGUUUGAAGUAGCGUCCCGUAAGGGUGGAUUUGCUGGCGCGGGUCAAGAAGACUGUCAUUGUACUCAGGGAGUAUAUACAUUUGAUGGUGAAUCUAAACCUCCUUCAAUCCAAGUAGAUACAUUUUGUGUUCAUGGUGGUCCUGACGGGUAUAUUACUGGUAUAAGAGGGAAGGUUCAAUGCCUCUCGGAGGAAGAUAAGGAGAAAGCCGAAACGGAUUUGGAAAUGAGAGAGAUGAUUAGAGAAAAGUGUACCCUCCGUUUUCCGACAUUGCCGUUUAUUCCCAAGUUGCCUUAUGACGUGAUUGCAACUGAUUACGACAAUUAUGCUAUUGUGUCAGGAGCUAAAGACACAAGUUUCAUUCAGAUUUACUCAAGGACGCCAAAUCCUGGACCAGAAUUCAUAGAGAAAUACAAGUCUUACUUGGCAAACUACGGGUACGAUCCGAGCAAGAUCAACGAUACUCCACAAGAUUGUGAUGUAUCUGACACUCAGUUAUCAGCAAUGAUGUCUAUGCCUGGAAUGCAGAAAGCUCUUACAAACCAAUUUCCUGAUUUAGAACUAAAGAAAUCAGUUCAAUUUGAUCCUUUUACGAGUACGUUUGGAACUCUAAAGAAGCUUGUUCAACUCUAUUUUAAGUAGUUGUUAUGCUUCUCUAGACUUGCAAGUUUUUAUCCUGUAUACAAGUAUAAGUAAUUGUGAGUUGAGUUUUCAAAAAAUUGCAGACUUUGUAAAUUUGGAGCAAUUCUGAAAAGGAAAUCAAAGAUAUUGCAGUAUCUUCCAAAAUAUGUGUGAACUGAUAAUAGUCAGCCGAAACAAACCCCACCAGGACUUGGGUUGAUUU